AUGAGCCCUCCUAGGAUCGCAAUCAUCGGUGGCGGCAUAUCCGGAGUUUGUCUCGGUAUCGCUCUACAACGACGCAAUUUGGAUGUGACGAUCUACGAACAAGCUGAGAAAUUCGGUGAAAUCGGCGCGGGAGUAGCUUUCAAUCCAGCAGCUACAAGGGCCAUGCAGCUUUGCUCCCCAGAAAUAUACGAUGCGUUUGAAAAAGUCGCUACUAGAAACGUAUGGCCUGAGAAAAAGACUACCUGGUUUGAUUGGCUUGAUGGUCAUGUCGACGAACCUGUUGGAAAAGAACCCUUUUUGUUCACCGUCACAAACGAAUUUGGAGCGAAUGCUGUACAUAGAGCUCAUUUCCUGGAUGAAACGGUAAAGUUGUUGAAGGGGGAUCACACAAAAUUUGGAAAGCAUCUAGACACGAUAGUGGAUGAAGGGGAAGACAAACCGUUAAAGUUGAAAUUUCACGAUGGAAGUCAAGAAGUAGCAGACGCCGUAAUUGGAUGUGAUGGAAUAAAAUCAAGAGUUAGGACAUGGAUGCUGGGUGAAGGACAUCCUGAUGGUCACGUUCUGACAUUCCCCGUCAAUCAUGGAGACACCAUGAACGUCGUCGCUUUUUGGACCAACUCUGAUCCGUGGCCUUCGGACGAUAAAACCACUCUGCCCUCUGAGAAGUCUCACGUUUGCAACGAUUUCAAAUCGUUCGGUCCGACGGUCCAAAAGAUCAUUGAUAUCCUAGAACCCAAUUUGGAUUGUUGGGGGAUCUUCGAUCUGGGAGAUCACCCAAUGCCAGCUUACAAUAAAGGUCGCGUUUGCGUACUUGGUGACGCAGGCCACGCUACCAGCCCGCAUCACGGUGCAGGCGCGGGUAUGUGUAUCGAAGACGCAGCGGUGAUGGCGGAACUUUUAGCCGACGAUAAAGUUAGGGAAAAGGGCCAAGCAGGGAUCGAAAUGGCUUUCAAGGUGUUCAACAAAGUUCGUUUGGAAAGAACCCAAUGGUUGGUACAAUCCAGUAGAAGAAGUGGUGAUUUGUACGAAUGGAGAGUUGAGGGUGUGGGCAAAGAUAUCGAAAAGAUCCGACAGGAGUGUAUAGAAAGUAAUGAGAAGCUGUGGAAUUCGCAAAUUAGCAAGUUAGUUGAGGAGGCGAAGGGGGUGCUGGCUGAAACAACAUAG